GCCAAAUUAGUCUUCUUUCCUUAUAUUUGUAUAUAAGCACGGAAGCAACGUUAAAUAAUAAAAAUAAAAAAAAAUCGAAGUUGACGAUAAAAUAUAUGCGAAUUUAGUUUAUCUGCAUCCGCGGUUAAAAGUUCAAUAUAAUUCUACGGGAGGCAUAAUUAAUUUGUAUUUCAUCCUGGAAUGAAAAUAAACAGUAUUCAUAAUGUCCGACAACGCAGACGAGGUGAGAAAUGUCGAGAAAAAGCAACAGAUGCUGCCACUCCGACCAUGUAAUUUCUUGCAGAUUGAGUUGUGCCAAAGUAUUGGGCCCCACGAGCUAGUGGAAGUUAAAUCGAAGGCUGUCGUGAAGUUUUCAGCCGUACAGGUACCGGUGAGCUUUAAUCGACUACAGUGCAACACAAAUUUGAAUCUGCCACCCUCCAAUUGGUUGACCACGUCAAACAAUAGCGGCCUACACCAAGCCCUCUACCAGUCACCAGGUUUCGCAAGUUUUAGCAUUGCGCACAUGUUUCCGGACUGUGUAGGCGAGGUAGACGUUGUAACAGAUGCAGAAAAUAUUAAACGGCUCUUAAAGCUGCCCUAUACAUCUAAAAGUGCCGUCAGUAUGAUUGUUCACAAAGUAGGUAACACGUUGCUCCUUGACGAAUUCGAUAUACAGAAGUAUUUGUUGCGCAAAGCAGACGAUGAUUGGAAAUGGCUGCGCACUUUUAUACUGGAGCAUAUUCUGGCGUAUGGCGAAAAAGAUCAUAGCUUCUGCCUCAAAGACAAGUCGCGCGAGGCACUUCAAACCAAAAAUCUGCUCUCGAAAUUCCUGUACUACAGCUUAAAGCAAUCGGCUUCCGAAGUACCAGAGCAAGAAACGCAACGCGAGCGACCAGCUUUGCCAAUUACGGGGCCAGUUCUACCAGAGCCCAAAGUUGAAGAAAAUGUUCCAGAUCCCAAAUCGAGUCACGUGUUCAAUCGUAAUGUCCUCUGGACAUUUGAAGACAUACGAAUGCUUAUUGGCACCGAUAUGCCAAUUUUUGGAGGACCUAACCGGCCAUGCAUUAGUCUUAGACUACGCGACAUGGCUAAGCCUAUCAAUGUACUGACGGGCAUAGAUUACUGGCUAGAUAACUUGAUGUGCAAUGUUCCAGAAGUUGUGAUGUGCUAUCACAUAGAUGGAAUUGUACAGAAAUACGAAAUUAUUAAAACCGAAGAUCUCCCAUAUCUUGAGAACUCUCAGUUUUCACCUCAAGUUGUACGUAAUGUGGCACAAAACAUACUAGCUUUUCUGAAAGCCAAUGCCACGAAAGCAGGCCACACUUACUGGUUGUUCAAGGGACGCAACGAUGAUGUUGUCAAGUUGUAUGAUCUCACUACACUUUGUCAGAAAGACGCAGAAGCCAAAAGGUGUGAAGAAAAACAGGAAAAUCCAUUUACGGUGCCUGUGGCUAUGCUCUUGUACACAGUGGCACGUAACAUGAAGAACACGACAACACAGAUAACACCAAAAAUCGCGGGUAAUAUUAAGGCUUUGCUAGAUAACUGCAUUAAGCUGCUACCCAAAGAGAAAUAUCCCCAGAUUGUAACAUCGUCUCAUUAUAUAUUAUCUGAUUUGCAUUUGCCUGCCGGGGUCGAUCCGAAGGCGCCGAAGUUUGAUAAUUCCGAUCUGGAUUCCGAUACGCAAUCGGUUUAUGAAGAAGAUGAAGAUGAUGACAUGGGCAGUGACGAUGACUGCAAUUUAAAUGAUGUACACAAUGAGUUGAGUGAAAAUCCUGAACACAGUGGCAAUGUGGCAGUGAAGCAAAUUUGCGACACUCUGAAGGAGCUAAAUAUAAACGCGCAGUUAAAAAAUGGAAAUCGUGCCCCGCGAGCACCUUCACCGUUGCAAGCUGGAAUAGAGGACCGUUGUCGUAUUUCAUUGGAGCAUAUCAGUGCUGGUAUCGCUUGUCUGAAAUUUUUCAACUCCAAUGAAGAGAAGUUUAUAAAAGAAAGUGAGGUGCGAGCCAAAGACGAAGAAAAACUACGAAUACUGCAUGAGGAACAGCACCCGAAUAUGGCAAAACCGUUUAAACCCAUACCACUACCGUAUGAAAGCCUUAGCAAACAUACGGCGAAUGGCGAGCUAGACAGUCUUAAGAAUUCCGACGAUGACGCUGACGAUAGCCAAACACAAAGCGAUGAUAAAAAUAUGAAAAGGUCAAAAGUGAAGCGCGCUAAAGCUAAGGAAUUGAAAGAGUGCCAAAAUGUAAAAACUGAAGCAAAUCAGGGUCUGUCUACAUUGGAAGAUAAGCGGAUCGGAACCAAAUUCAAUUCUCAACUUUUUGGUUCAUGGAAUGUUCACUUGAAGCUACUCUUGUUGGAAAAGGCUUGCCUUGCAUACGCCACCUACGCAGAAUACUACUACAUAGAGCAAAAAUACGGUAGUUGCUUGAACGCUAUUUACAUGGCUUCUCGCUGUCAGCAGGUUGUUUUAAAGUACAUGUCGGGUCUAGUUUCUCAAAAGAGUUGUUUGCUGGGUCGUGCUGGAGACUGCUUUUUCCAAAUGGCUAAAAACUGGAAGUAUAUCGACAGCUACCUUGAACAAUUUAAUGAAGAGUCUAUUAUCGCGCAGAAUAUCAAUAUCGAAGUCGUGAAAGACUUGAAUGGAGAUGAUCUCAUUGAACUAAUAACCCCACUGGCUAAUAUCGAACACUUGAUGCAGUCCAGCUGCAAAUGUUAUGAAAAUGCAAUUGAAUGCAUUAUUGAGGGAAGCACGUCAGUUGAGGAUUCCAAGAGUGAGCUGCUGCGUCGGUUGGGAAAUGUGCGAAAUGAAUUGGGUCUAAAAUACAUGUACUGGGCGCAGGAGGAGUACUCAAAAGCUAUGGAAAAUAAAUCAAAUAAUUUGACCGAUGUUAGUGGUUCUACCGAAAACAGCCAGCUGAAGGAAAAUCGAUGCGAAGGCGACAACAAACAAGUAGAAAAGGCAGAUGAGCCAGUCUAUAUGAAAUUGGCAAUGAAGUCCUAUGAUUGCUUGAUACGUGGCAUUUCGGCGUUCAGUGAGGUGCAGGACAAUGUAAACCUGGCAUUUUUAUAUUGCAAUCUAGGCCGCUUCAUGCGAUUUCGAGCACAUUUAUAUCUGCCUGAGGAAAACAUUGACUUCGUGCGAAAACAGAAAAUGUUCUACAACGAGGCCUUUUUGAACUACGAAAAAGCGAAGGACGUACUGGGUUCGCGAAAAUCCAGCUCAGAGUUGUGGGACUUGGUAAAUUGGGAACUUUCGACUGCAACCUUUACUUUGGCGAAACAGCUGCAAGAUUUCAGUACUGCUGAUGAGGCUACGCGAGCUGAAAUUGAAAAGGAAGUUUUAGAUUUGCUGCAGAAAUCUUUGAAACUCUGCGAUUUGGAGCACCCCGGCUCAAGACAAAUUCUGUACACUUAUCGCUCAGGUCUAAUACAUAAACGCAUCGCAUCCUUUCACUAUAGUCAGUUGCGUAAUAGUUGCACUGAUAACUCUACAAUCCCAAAAGCCACUUUGCAGCUGUGCAAGCAUCACUAUGAGCGUGCCGCUAGUAUUUUAGAGGGCUUGCGCGAGGCCAGCGAUCAUCUAGUGGUGCAACUUGAACGUAUCUCUUUGCAAGAGUUCUUAGCCGAAACUUCCAAUCAUAUUGCUCAAAAAAUAAAACAUUUGCAAACUGCCCUGAGUUUAUGCCUACGGUCAAAGGUGGUGUUCGAACAUGCCCUUACCGCCAACACCCCCACAGAGCGCAACACAACGAAUGACGAGCUCUGCAAGCACAUGCUAUUGUUCGAAAGCCGCUUGCAGAACACACUAAAAACUUUAAUAAAAAUGCUGCUCAGCGGAAAGGAUCCGAAAAAAUUAGUUGAACUUUACAAAAGGAUGUAUAUGACAAGUUUAACCUGUAAACGGGCAGCAGGCGAACACGAUACGUCGGUGGAAGAGCUGGCGCAGCAUUUUUGCAAUUUAUUGCAGCAACUAAACGAGCUGGAACUAUCACAUAAACCUAAUGCGAUGUAGAAGCUAUGAGCUAACUACUGUAAAUUUCAGCUUGAAAUUUUACAAUUUAUUCCCUAUAAACAUAUUUCUUUCUUUCAUAUGCUUUUGUAUGCGCGAUUUAAUUUAAGACGUUUGAAUACUUGUUCAUGUUAUAGGCUUAUAGUUGAUUUCCACCAAGCCUUAACUGCAGUUUAUGCCGAUUGGAAAACGGAGAUGCCAAUUCGAAGGGGGUUAUUCCACACCUAUUAGGUAGAAGCAAAUGAAAGGAAAAAAGCAAAACUUAAGCAAAAACUUUGCCGAUCACCCAUGUUGGAAUUUUUUGGAACUUCUCUGAGCUCUUAACUGCGGUUAAGUUUUUGGUGGAAAUAGGCUAUUAGGGUGUUUGUUGCUGGACUACAUUUAUGUUUAAAAACCGCUGCGUUAAAAACCCUGGAGGUAGUUUAAAUUUAAGUGCUCAGACCACUAGCAACCUUUAGCAGUAAGUUAAUUUAUGAACAUUCUUAAAUUAUUUAUUUGUGAGUUGAACUGAGUACAGUGUACGUAUAUUUUUAUAUUACAAAAAUGCCUUUUAGCAAAACGGCUAAAAAUCUAAUAAAAGUACACCAUUUUUGAUUUCUGUCCA